AUUAGAGUUAAUAUUUGGUUUCCCAUGUGUAAGCGACCCACUUGAGAGAAAAAGAACUUUUGAUUGGCUUAAGCUCAUAAUGGAAUAAAAUAAUGAAAUAGCCUCAGUCGUCAAAAUGUUUUAUUUUAUUAUUUUUAGAAAAGUCUUAUAGGAAUUUGAAGACAGGUAAUUCAAAAAAAAAAACAGCAGCAAGCAGCAAUAGAUAAAUAAAUAGAGGUAGUCAUUGGAUGUCGCGUGUCCCCGUGACUUUUUUCCUAUCGUAACGGUACACGUCAGCUCAUCACAGAUGUCUCUUUCCUUCACCUUGUGUAUAUUUAUAUAAAUUAAAUCUCGUGUUAUCUCUUUUGGAUCAAAUCAAAAUGCCACAACUCUGAUGUCUGCUUUGUCUCUCCCAUCCUUAAGCUGUACUUCCUCUUCUACCUAUCCAUUUUCCAUUUCACUCAAUUCUUCUUUUUCUUCUUUAAUUCCGUUUCAGCGAGUGAAACUGUUUGGAUCUACUUCUAAAGCAACGACCAGGAGUUUCUUCUUGACAGCUAAGGCAAUGGCUGAGCUCGUUAAAGAUAAGGAAUCCGGUGUCGCCGCUGCUGGAGGCGGCGAGAUGGACAUUGAGCAUUCCCGUACCUUCCUUGAAGCUUGCUCUGAGGAAGAACUCCUAUCUGGAAUUAAGAAGGAAGUAGAAGCAGGAAGGUUACCUCCAAAUGUUGCAGCAGGAAUGGAAGAAUUCUAUCGGAAUUAUAAAAAUGCUAUUUUCCAAAGUGGAGAUCCUGCUGCUGCUGAAACUGUGUUGUCGAACAUGGCUGUAGCACUUGACCUGAUGCUUUUGGAUGUAAAGGAUCCUUUUGUCUUUCAACCCUACCACAAAGCUUUACGGGAGCCAUUUGACUACUACAUGUUUGGUCAAAAUUAUAUUCGGCCUUUGAUUGAUUUCAGAAAUUCAUACGUUGGUAAUCAUUCUCUUUUCUAUGAAAUAGAGGAGAAGCUUAAGCAGGGUCACAAUGUCGUACUUUUUUCAAAUCAUCAAACUGAAGCUGACCCAGCCGUCAUUGCACUGUUGCUUGAGAAAACAAAUCCACAUAUUGCCGAGAACCUGAUCUAUGUUGCAGGAGAUAGAGUCAUAACAGAUCCUCUUUGCAAGCCUUUCAGCAUGGGAAGAAACCUUAUAUGUGUGUACUCCAAAAAGCACAUGUUUGAUGUUCCUGAGCUUGCUGAUAUGAAAAGAAAAGCCAACAUACGAAGUUUAAAAGAGAUGGCUUUGCUGCUAAGGACUGGCUCGAAAUUAGUAUGGAUUGCACCAAGUGGCGGCCGGGACCGUCCAGAUCCUGUUACAGGAGAAUGGAAUCCAGCACCCUUUGAUUCUUCAUCAGUGGACAAUAUGAGAAGGCUGAUAGAAAGUUCAGGUGCUCCAGGGCAUAUGUAUCCCUUGGCUCUAUUGUGCUAUGACAUUAUGCCCCCUCCAUCCAAGGUGGAAAAAGAAAUUGGAGAAAGAAGAAUCAUAAGCUUUCAUGGGGCUGGAUUAUCAGUAGCUCCAGAAAUUGCUGCUAAUUGUGAAAAGUCUGAAGAGGUUAAGGAUGUAUAUACACAAGCUCUAUACAAGUCUGUGACAGAGCAAUACAAUGUCCUCAAAUCAGCCAUACAUGGAAAACAAGGGUUAGAGGCAUCCACUGCAGGUAUAGCUUUGUCUCAGCCAUGGAACUAGUUUAUAGUUGAAACCAUGUCAAGUUAUCAACGUAACUGCACCCAAAGCGGUAGCCAUAGGCAAUUCUUACAUUACGUGUGUAUCAUGUUUGACCUACGUGCCUAUUCAAAUUUGAUGUUUUACGUCAUGACGUAUUUUGGAGUGACGAGGUCCAAUAAUUAUUCAUUUUCUUUUAAUCGUUAUGGCUCUCUUUUCAAUGUGAGAAGAGAGAUGCAUUAAAAUUGUGUUAAUAGUCUUGGAUUUAGUGUUAAACUAAGAUAUGUCGUUUGGGUUCUAUUCAUUGUUUAUCUGAAUUGGAUAGAAUUACUUUGAUCAAAACCGAUUGAUAGAUGAGAUUAAACUGAUUGAAUCAUAAA